CGCUAGCCCCAGAAUGAACAGGAAACAGAACGGAGACCUCGGACUUGAAGCCGAUUAGUACUGCUCACUCAUUGCCUCGCGUUGAUCAUAGAAAGUCUCCUCUUUGUGCCUGAUAACCAAAUCUCAACAUCAACACUGGAAAGGAAUUGUCUCAUAUUCUGAUUAUAAAUCCAGCAGAAGAAAUCUAGGCCCUCAAUCUAGCAUCAAGUGUCGACUAUUUCUGACCCCACUAUCUCCAACCUCAUAUCAAGAGCAUUACAAAUACAAAUCCCAGCACCUUUGAAACAACAACACUCAAUGUCAACAAACAUUUCAGGUCCAGGGCUGCCCGAGAUUGCAGCUCUUCAAACCGACGACUCAAUGUUGACUCGCCGUUUUGGAAAAGAGGUUGUCAACUACUACGCUGGUGGUCGUAUCAACAGAUUCUCUUUUCUGCGUGCCGAUACUGGCUUUCUUCGACAAGCCUAUAACAGCCCUACAGCUAGAUAUUUGGCACUCCAUGACUUGAACCCUCUGGUUGUUGACAAGAAGACUCCGGCUUAUCUGACUUUUAAGGAUGUCGAGCCUCUGAUCGGACCGGACCAUUUCACUCUCACUGAGGAUGAAGCUAUCCAGAGCUUCAACUCUGCUGAGACCAGACCCCUGGUUGUCUUCAUUGGUAUGCUAGAGGAGGGUAAUGAGAAAGAUUCCAUCUCCUCUUCCGAUCAUGGAGACAUUAAGGGCCACCCCUAUUUUGCCAUUGACAUUACUCCCAAGGGAAACCACGCUGAGAGAGCUACCAAGUUCUUAGAGGAACAGGAGAAGAAAGGACUGUCUCUGGAUAAGAACCCUCGAGCCAUGAACCAGUCACCUGAGGCUGCCGCUCUUUAUGCGCAGGCUAGAUCUAUCAUUGACUGGAACACACGAAGUCCCUUUUGUGCCGGCUGCGGGCUACCCAAUCUCUCAGUUCACGCUGGUUAUAAGCGCGUCUGCCCUCCCGCCGAUAAGAAAGGCGGAGCUUCUAGUGAGCUUCGAGGUGACUGCCCCACCCGUCACGGCGUCUCAAACAUCUGUUUCCCUAGAACGGAUCCCACGAUGAUUGCCGCUGUUGUUUCCGCUGAUGGAACGAAGAUUCUCCUCGGCCGUCAGAAGCGUUGGCCCCCUCACUGGUACAGCACGCUUGCUGGCUUCCUUGAGCCUGGAGAGUCUAUCGAGGAGUCGGUUCGGCGAGAGGUUUGGGAGGAGAGUGGUGUUCGUGUUGGACGCGUUGUUAUUCACUCGAGUCAGCCGUGGCCUUAUCCUUCCAGCUUGAUGAUUGGAGCCAUAGCUCAGGCUCUGCCUGGUGAUGGCGAGAAGAUCUCUCUGAACGACAAGGAGUUGGAGGUGGCUAAGUGGUUCUCCAUUGAUGAAGCCCGCCAGGCUCUUAAGAAUGGAACGAGCAGCCUUGGAGAGCCUGCUCCAGAGGGAUACAAAGAGGGUGAUUUGCGAUUGCCUCCUCCUCAGGCUAUUGCCAAUCGGCUGAUUACUGCUGUUGUUGAAGGAUAUUUAACUGUGGCUCCCAAGAUUUGAUGAAUUAUUGAUAGACUAUCUACCAAGUGUUAGGAAGACGAAGCAUAGAAGCGUUGAUUAUGGUGACAGCCAAUGCUCAACUUGAAUGGCAACUUACCAUUUGGUGAGAUGUAUUCUAC